GGCGCGAGGGGAGCGCGCGCCGCCGGCCGCCGGCCUCCGGAAGGUCCCGCCGCGUCCCCCCCGGGCUGGAUAUGUUCAUGUUCACGUGAAGAUGGAUUUAGUGUACGGGCUCGUGUGGCUGCUGACCGUCCUCCUGGAGGGGAUCUCUGGCCAAGGAGUGUACGCUCCCCCCACGGUUCGUAUUGUGCACUCAGGCCUGGCCUGUAACAUUGAGGAGGAGCGCUACUCCGAGAGGGUCUACACUAUACGGGAAGGAGAAACCCUAGAACUGACCUGUCUGGUCACAGGACAUCCACGUCCACAGAUCAGGUGGACCAAAACAGCAGGAAGUGCCUCUGACAGAUUCCAAGACUCGAGUGUCUUCAAUGAGACUUUGAGGAUUACAAAUAUUCAGCGACACCAAGGAGGCCGGUAUUACUGUAAAGCAGAGAAUGGCUUGGGGUCCCCAGCGAUAAAGUCAAUCAGAGUGGAUGUGUACUAUUUGGAUGAUCCAGUAGUAACUGUUCAUCAAAGUAUAGGUGAAGCUAAAGAACAAUUUUACUAUGAGAGAACAGUGUUCCUGCGGUGUGUGGCCAAUUCCAAUCCACCUGUUCGGUACAGCUGGAGACGUGGCCAGGAGGUGUUACUACAAGGAUCUGAUAAAGGAGUUGAGAUUUAUGAACCCUUCUUUACCCAGGGUGAAACAAAGAUCUUAAAACUAAAGAAUCUUCGACCUCAGGACUAUGCUAAUUAUAGCUGCAUUGCUUCAGUGAGGAAUGUAUGUAAUAUUCCUGAUAAGAUGGUGUCAUUUAGACUUUCCAAUAAAACAGCAUCUCCGUCAAUUAAACUCUUGGUGGAUGACCCUAUAGUUGUAAAUCCUGGAGAGGCCAUAACAUUAGUGUGUGUUACGACAGGAGGAGAGCCUGCACCCUCUCUCACCUGGGUCAGCUCCUUUGGGACUCUGCCUGAAAAGACUAUUUUAAAUGGGGGAACUUUGACCAUACCUGCCAUCACCUCAGAAGAUGCUGGUACUUACAGCUGCAUUGCCAAUAAUAAUGUGGGCAACCCUGCAAAAAAGUCCACCAACAUCAUUGUGAGAGCAUUAAAAAAAGGACGGUUUUGGAUCACACCUGAUCCUUAUCACAAAGAUGACAACAUCCAGAUUGGGCGUGAGGUGAAAAUAUCUUGCCAAGUAGAAGCUGUUCCUUCUGAGGAGUUAACAUUUAGUUGGUUUAAAAAUGGUCGUCCAUUAAGAAGUUCUGAGCGGAUGGUUAUUACACAGACUGAUCCAGAUGUCUCCCCGGGAACGACAAACUUGGACAUCAUUGAUUUAAAAUUCACGGAUUUUGGGACAUACACAUGUGUAGCAUCUCUGAAGGGAGGAGGAAUAUCUGAUAUCAGUAUUGAUGUUAAUAUAUCCAGCAGCACAGUUCCACCCAAUCUGACUGUUCCACAGGAAAAAUCACCUUUGGUCACCAGAGAAGGAGACACAAUAGAACUGCAAUGUCAAGUAACUGGAAAACCUAAACCCAUCAUCCUUUGGUCUAGAGCGGAUAAGGAAGUUGCAAUGCCUGAUGGGUCAAUGCAGAUGGAGAGUUAUGACGGAACACUGAGGAUUGUGAAUGUAUCUAGGGAAAUGUCGGGAAUGUACAGAUGUCAGACCAGCCAGUACAAUGGAUUUAAUGUGAAACCAAGAGAAGCCUUGGUGCAGCUCAUCGUGCAGUAUCCUCCUGCCGUGGAACCAGCGUUCCUGGAAAUCCGGCAGGGACAAGACCGAAGUGUCACGAUGAGCUGUCGGGUCCUGAGAGCCUAUCCGAUACGGGUGCUGACCUAUGAGUGGCGCUUGGGCAACAGAUUAUUACGGACGGGCCAGUUCGACUCUCAGGAGUACACAGAAUACCCGGUGAAGAGUCUUUCCAACGAAAACUAUGGGGUUUAUAAUUGUAGCAUCAUCAAUGAAGCUGGAGCUGGGAGAUGCAGCUUUCUUGUUACAGGAAAGGCCUAUGCUCCAGAAUUCUAUUACGAUACCUACAAUCCUGUGUGGCAGAACAGACACCGAGUUUAUUCCUACAGUCUACAGUGGACACAGAUGAAUCCUGACGCAGUAGAUCGGAUUGUGGCAUACCGGUUGGGUAUCAGGCAGGCUGGACAGCAGCGUUGGUGGGAACAGGAGAUUAAAAUAAAUGGAAAUAUUCAAAAGGGAGAAUUAAUUACAUAUAACCUGACUGAGCUAAUUAAACCAGAGGCUUAUGAAGUCCGACUAACUCCUCUCACCAAAUUUGGUGAAGGGGAUUCAACAAUUCGUGUCAUCAAAUACAGUGCUCCUGUUAAUCCUCAUUUGAGAGAAUUUCACUGUGGAUUUGAAGACGGUAACAUUUGUUUGUUCACCCAAGAUGAUACAGAUAAUUUUGACUGGACAAAGCAAAGCACUGCAACAAGAAAUACGAAAUACACUCCAAACACAGGACCUAAUGCUGAUCGUAGUGGCUCCAAAGAAGGUUUUUAUAUGUACAUUGAGACAUCUCGACCCAGAUUGGAAGGCGAAAAGGCUCGACUCCUCAGCCCUGUUUUCAGCAUAGCUCCUAAAAACCCUUAUGGACCCACGAAUACUGCAUAUUGUUUCAGCUUCUUUUAUCACAUGUAUGGACAACAUAUAGGUGUUUUAAAUGUUUAUCUACGAUUGAAAGGGCAGACAACCAUAGAGAAUCCACUGUGGUCUUCCAGUGGGAACAAAGGACAACGAUGGAAUGAGGCUCAUGUUAACAUAUAUCCAAUUACUUCAUUUCAGCUCAUUUUUGAAGGUAUUCGAGGUCCUGGCAUAGAAGGUGACAUUGCCAUUGAUGAUGUAUCAAUUGCAGAAGGAGAAUGUGCAAAACAAGACCUAACGACUAAGAAUUCCGUUGAUGGUGCUGUUGGGAUUUUAGUACAUGUAUGGCUUUUUCCCGUUAUCGUCCUCAUCUCUAUCUUAAGUCCUCGAAGGUGACCUUAUCCUGGCAGAGGCUAUAAAAGAUUCACCAGGCACUGGCAUGAAGAAAGAGUCUUUGUACAUGGACAUUGAAAAAACAAACUACCAAAGAUUCCUCCACUGACUACUGACUGAAAAAUAAAAUAAUAAAAACAAAUUUUUUAAGCACUGGGGAUAAAAAGACAUCAUGGAAGUAUAACUUAUUCCAGUACAUAUAAAAGAUAAUCUUGACCUGAGUAGAGAGACCUUCAGGUGCUUUUGUGGCUAAAAUGAUUACAGCAUCAUCUGGUCAUCUGGUUGAACUCUGGAAAAAAAAAAAGAGCUAUAGAAACCCUUGUCAAAGCACAAAGUCAUGGCUGGUUUUGUUUCAAAUGAAUAGUUUGCUUGUUACCAUGGAAACCUAAUGGCCUGCCAACAAAAACCUCACUGUAAACAGGGUACGUGAAGAGCUGGCAUUUAUUUUCCUUUCGAGAAGGUUUUACGUAGAGAAUUAAAUAAAUGUAGGCCCUUUUACCUUGGUUGUUACCCUUCCUUGAAAAUAACCCGAACUCAGAAUUAUUUACAACAUUCGCGUUCCUCCCCACCUUAUCCCUAUCCCACCUUUAUGGUUAUUCUUUGUUUCCCUCCCAUGGCUCGGCUAGAUAAUGUAUGCCGUCUCCUUUUGCAUGCACUACUCUCCAGGGCGGUAAACCUGGGCUUACACAUUACACAGGCUUACUGGAGUUUGCUUGCGGCCACUUGAACACCCAAACUAAGUCAUCUGUUCCAACGAAGAAACCAAACCACCAUCUUUUAUAAAUUGCCAUGGAAACCAAGUGCCUUCAAUGAAACAAGCCUGAAUAAUUUUCAACUCAGAAGCUUGCACUGCUAAGAGUGGUUUGUGUAAAACUAUUUUAUAAACAAACUACAGAGCCUCGAUGUGCAAAUCACAGGCAAGACAACCACGCCGCUUCUGAAGAAGAAAGGACCGGAGCUGCUGCGUACGCCGGUGCAGACGUGACACGUGUUGUGGGACCUCCUAGACAGCCAUGGCCUCUCGGCUGCUUGUCCAUUCGAAAAUCACUUCCACUAAGACCAGACGCGGGAGCAACACUUCCUUCUUCCAGGUUAUUAAAUGGGUCAACCAGAGCAAAAAGUGGUUAAGAUAACACUUAGCGCAGGAGGUGAUAAAACACACGAGUGAUUUUUCACUCUCACCUCCAUGUGAAAUGAAAUUGGCCCUAGCUUUAGAGGGAACAAGACAAUGUGUGUGAUUGCAGUGCAUACAAACUCUACAGCAGAACUGGGCCUAAAAAACCUGGCUUUAUCCUAAACACUGAGGGUCAUAUGCCUCUGCCCUUUACUCAGACUCUGUGCAAAUUGUGAAAUAUUAUUUUAUUAUUUUACCAAGAUUAAAAAACACUUUUACAAAAAAACAAAAAUCUGUAAAAAUGAUUUUGAGCUACCUGAGGACAAAUCAUACCUUUAACCAGCCAGUUUUCCAAUGCAUUGUAAAUUUCACUUAAACCUGUUGGUUAUGAAAAUUUGAAGAUCUUUUUCCUUAAAUCAUCUCAGCUUUUAACUUCAUUUAAAAAGACUUUUGUCUAAAGAAGAAUAUUAUUAUUAUUAUUAUAUGUUCUUUCAACACCCCAGGAUUAAAAAAAAACUGAUUAUGCAAGUAAUUGGGUUAUAAGCAUUAAAUUAUAACAUUUGCAAAUAUUAAAAUAAAAAGCACAACAAAAUGUAGUGGAAAAAUGACAAAGCUUGAUUUUUUAAGAAAUUCUGUAGAAAUGUUUGUGCAAAUUCAGUAAUUCAACUUAAAAGAUAAUUUUCCAGCUAUGUUCAAUAACGCCUCUUUCCAGGUAAGGUA